AAUAUUUUAGUUAAAAAUGACAGAGAUAUAAGCGUGGCGUGGAUAGAUUUUUCUGGAGCACUCCUUGACGGUAAUAUGAUUGACAUUUCAAUUUUUAUCUGAAACAAGUAAAAACAUAAAUAUUUUUCUUAUAAAGUGAUAAAUUUUGAACAGAGUCACGUCGCCGUUUUUUUUCAAGUCAAUCUUUUGAAUAGUUUUUUAGUUAUCAUGUACACCGUCUCGAACAAUGUGGUUUUGAGAAAAACGCCAAAAGAAAACGAAAAGCGCUCCCCAUCGCGCUGACUUCUAAUGAUCAUUACUUUCGUAAUUUUUGAGACAUUGUUUUCGGAUCUCAAAAUAUUCGCUGGCGUAGCCCCUCAACCGGCCGCAGCCCGAGCGUUGUCGUGAUGAAAUUAAAUUUCGGGAGUUUUUCAGCAGUCAAUCAUGUUCAUCGAACAAUAAUCCCAGUUUCUCAUCUUCAAACUUUUCCAGCCGCCCAGGACGGUCAUUCCCUUCAAAUGGCUUGUAAGAAUCAGUUCAUUUUAGGUAGGAGAAAGCACCAUAGAUGAUGUAAGUCCAAUUGAUAAAUGAGAGUUUAGGCUUUUUAAAUACUACUUGAAAUUGAACACAUAGCCAGUUAAAAAAAGAUUUAAGGAUUUGUCUCGGAGUUGCUUUAAUACAAUAUGGUUUCAAAAUCUGAUCUGAGAUUUGCCUCUUUUAUUCUAUUAAAUAUUCAUUCAGAAUACUCUGAGAGAGUCGGUAAUUUAUUGAAAAAAAAAAAACUUUUACAUAUUACCAACAUAUAUAGGAUUAAAUUACGAAAAGAAAAAUCUCUGUAAGAUAUGAAAUUUUAAGUUAAAGUCAAUCCCAUAGUUCAGUUAACCAUAUUAGAGCUUUCUAUAUUAAAAAUAUUUACAAAAAUCGAACUUGAAAUUGUGCAAACGUGACUUUGCAAGUGAAAUUAUUAGAAAAAGACGGGCGUACAAUAUAAACAAUUAAAGUAAAAUCGUUAAUAUAAUAUCAAUUAAUAUUGCAACAAAAACAAUAAAUAAAUGCAACUCACUGUAACUUGCCACAUGUUCACAAUAAUUAAUUAGCAAAUUAAUUAAAAACCAAGCUUACAUAUACAUAUUUAUACAUAGUAUAUUGUCUGGAUAGACUGUCAAAUCAUUCUGCGUUGCAAAAGUCACUUACUUUCUUGACUUACACCUCGCAGUUUUUUCUAUGCAGACUGCAGAUCCAAUUUUAAUGGAAGAAAGUGUAUAAAGGCGAUAGAAGCCAAGAUUUCAAUUUAGUUUCACAGUUUAAUUGUAAAUCGCAAGACGUUGAAAGUGAAACGAAGUAGUAAAAUGUUUUUGAUUCUCCAAUUCGCAAUUUGUGUGUUGCUGCUCUGCCAUAAUGCGUUGUGUUCAGCUAACCGUUAUAAGCGCAGCAUUUAUGGUUUAGACUCUAACGGACCAUAUCUACCGGCGCCCUAUGGACCUGUACCAUUUGCACCAUUCGGUUUGGGUUCACCGUUUGCGCAACCACCCUUCGCCUUGCCGUACAGUCCUUACGCACCGCCACCGUAUGCCGCGCCGCAUGGUUACCCCUUCCCACCGUUGUAUCCACCGUAUCCUUAUCAAAAUCCGAUUUUUGCACCUCCACCACCACCACCGCUGCCACCACCCUUCCAUCCACCUGUUGUAGCGCCUGCCGCACCGGUGGGUCCACCACCAGCGCCGAUUAUUGUGCCGGCCAAGACGGCUGCCGCAUUGAGUAUUGCCUCGAUUAUUCAUGCAUUCAUUGCACGGAAAUUCUAUCCGCCCGUAUUGCCGGUGCCCAUUGCUAGACCCGUGCCAUAUCCGGUGCCUGAGAGGCUUCCAUUAUCUCCAAAAUUUCCACGUUAUGAAACCGUUACGCAUCUGAGAGCAGUUCAAAAUGGAGGAGACUCUGCUAAGAACCAUAUCGAAAGCUCGUGUGUUCAAAACAUUCCACAGAGAGCAUACGCAGAUUCAAUUUUCCGAGAGUCAACGACACCAACCGAAGCUCCUUGGCAACCAACACUGAUUCCGAUACGAGAGUAGGUUGGGA